AUGCCGUAUUUGUCACAGGUUGAAACUCUAAAAAUAGACGUUUUUAACGGAUUCCGUUUCGGCAUUGGGUUUUCGAAUUGGACCAAGCUGAAACAAAUAGAAUUAAAUAACGUUACACAUAGAAGAAUAGCAUUACUUAAUUCGACAUUCCUUGGACUUGAGCGGACAGUCAUAUCUCAUUUGACUUUACAAUUCCCUAUGAAAAUGUUUGAAAUAAACGCAUUGUCCCCAUUUCGCCAUCUAGUAUCACUCUACUUUGAUUCAAGGCGAACAAUGGAAAUCAGAGAUGUCCUGACAACAACACUUUACGGAUUACAACAGAGAAAAAUGGAAUAUCUAGCACUAACAGGCAACUUCUUUACUUCUACUAGUAGUGUAUUGUUGGUGAAAUUGGACUUCUUAUAUCUACGCACAAUAUGUGUUCGGAACCUUGAUCUUACUAGAAAUACUAUAAAGGGUAUAACAUUUGGGGCUGUAUUGUCAUGGUCUAGUAGGAAAUGCCUGGAAAUAUUUGACCUAUCCUCAAACAAUAUCGAUUCUUAUCAAACUAUUUCCCUGCUGGAAUUGUUUCCAUCUAUUACUCAUGUUUAUGGUUCAAAUCAAAUUUUUCGAAAUUACAGGAAACGUUCAGCAACGAUUAGACACGAACCUACGAUUUUUCUACCCCAUUCUCUUGUAUAUCUGAACAUAUCCCGAGUCCCUUUAAGUAAAUCACUUUUAAAUAUAUCAAUUCAUGAAAGUAACAGUCUCGAAGUUCUCGAUAUAAGUUAUCCGUUGAGGCAUUCGUCGUGUUCCUAUGGACGCUUAAAAGGUUUGGUCAACUUAACAGAAUUUUACAUAUCAGGAUAUGAGUGUUCAAAACCUAAUCAGGAAAUGUUUGGCGAUAUGCCUUACCUUUCAACGUUAGAGGCAAAGCAAUGUAACCUCGGACAUGCGCUUGCGAAAGACAACAGUUUAUUAUUCAAAGGAAGAUACAAUCUCACUAUCCUGGAUCUUACCGGCAAUAACAUAGAUUUAUUGAGCCCCAAAAUAUUUUCAGAUCAGCAAUAUUCACUGAAAACGUUAAUUCUUGCUUCAAAUAAAUUGAUUAGCCUUCAAACGCACAUCUUGAUGGAACUUCAUGCGUUAGAAAUGUUGGAUGUAAGUCAUAAUUUCAUAUCAUCGUUGACAAAAUCAGACAUUGCACUUCUGGAUACACAUCAAACUAAAUCUCCCGCAUUCAAAGUCGAUAUGUCUGGAAACCCGUUGUUGUGCAGCUGUGAAGUAUUAGACUUUCUUGACUGGGUUGGCACAACCAACAUGUUACAUAACAGAGACGAUAUUUUAUGCAGUACACCAGAUGGCAGUCAGAUAAAGGUAAUGACGUUCCUUCAAACUUUUGGUCAAUUUCAGGAAAGUUGUGCUUCUCAAUUCUGGUUAAUCAUAUCUCUGAUAUUGAUCGUCGUUAUCGUUUUUACCGCUUUCCUAUCCAGAGUGGCCUGGAAACGCAGUGUGAAAUUGAGGGUGUGGUGUAGACAGCCUUUGGAAUAUAAAGUAUUUCCAUUCGAUGUCUUUAUAACCUACUGCGAUGAGGAUGCUAGAUGGGUCACUCAAAUACUUGUUCCUUGGCUAGAGCAGGAAAAUAUUGAAUACUGUAUCGAUGAAAAAGAUUUCGAUGCGGGAUAUGACAAAUGUGACAACAUUAUGAAUGCUAUCGAUAAAUCACGUAAGUCUGUUUUUGUUGUUAGCUGCAAUUAUUUUAAGAACGAAUGGCAAACUUUCACAAUGAAACUAACCAGUGUGUAUUGUUUUCGUGACGGACGAGAACAUAUGAAUGUCAUUAUUCUAUUGAAUGAUAUGAGACGAAGUGAAUUUCCGAAACUUAUUCGUAAAAACUGGGAUGAAAUACGUCCUAUUAUAUGGUCUGACGAACACAGUUCUGAUGAAAAUAAGCUCACCACAGCUACAUGUACAAAGGGAUUUUGGAAAAAGUUGUUGAAACGAAUUAAUAAUGGAAACAGAAUAUCCGGUGAAAAAUCUUUUCCAGAAUCAACAGUGUGAUCUACGUUCAGUAUGCUAACCAUAACACGUCAAACUUAAGUCGAGAAUUCCU